AUGGCCAACUCUGAUAUACCCCAGGACCUGCAAGCCAGCAUCGACGCCACGCAGGUCACUUACAAGCAGCUCGGAACCUCCGGGUUGCGUGUCUCCGUCCCUAUCCUAGGCGCCAUGUCUAUCGGCCACAAGGACUGGCAAAACUGGGUUGUCCACGACGAAGCCGAAGUCUUCAAGCUCCUCCAGGCAGCAUACGACCGCGGUCUCAACUCCUGGGACACAGCCAACAUCUACUCCAACGGCGUCUCCGAAGAGCUGAUCGGGCGCUUCCUCAAGCACGCGCAGAUCCCGCGCCGCAAAGUCGUGCUGCUGACCAAAUGCUUCGGCUACGUCGGCGAGACGCCCGGCCUCAGCACGAUGCAGUACCCGCAGGCGCGCGACACGCGCGACUACGUCAACCAGGGCGGCCUCUCGCGCGCCGCCAUCUUCAACGCCGUCGACGCCAGCCUCGAGCGCCUGCAGACGUCGUACAUCGACGUGCUGCAGAUCCACCGCUUCGACCCCGAGGUCCCCGUCGAGGAGACCAUGGAGGCCCUGCACGACCUCGUGCGCGCCGGCAAGGUGCGCUACAUCGGCGCCAGCUCCAUGUGGGCCUACCAGUUCGCCAAGAUGCAGUUCGCCGCCGAGAGGCGCGGCUGGACAAAGUUCGUCAGCAUGCAGAACCACUACAGCUUGUGCUAUAGAGAAGAGGAGCGUGAAAUGAUCCCCUUCUGUAAAGAAAGCGGCGUCGGCCUGAUUCCCUGGUCGCCUCUCUUCCGCGGCUUGCUCGCGCGGCCGCUGGACACGCCCGAGACGGAUCGCACCAAGGCCAUGAAGGAUCUCCCGAUCAAUGUUCCAGUAACGGACGCCGACAAUCAGAUCAUUAGCCGUGUGGAGGAGCUAGCCAAGAAGAAGGGCUGGGCCAUGUCGCAGGUGGCGUUGGCGUGGAUAUUGCAGAAGGGCGCCAUUCCCAUCGUCGGGCUCAGCAGUGUGAAGAGGCUAGACGAGGCGGUCAAGGUGACAGGAAAGGAGCUGACGGACGAGGAAAUCAAGUACUUGGAAGAGCCGUAUGUGCCCAGGGCGGUAAGCGGGCACUCGUGA